AUGUCUGUGCGGCAGAUUCUUUUCUCUUCUGAGCACGUGAGUGAAGGUCACCCUGACAAACUCUGUGAUCAGGUCUCCGAUGCAGUAUUGGAUGCAUGCCUUGCUGGUGACCCCCUUUCAAAGGUUGCUUGCGAGACUUGCUCAAAAACAGGCAUGAUCAUGGUUUUUGGCGAAAUCACCACAAAGACGAUUCUUGAUUACCAGAAGGUGGUUCGCGACGCCGUGAAGGACAUCGGGUUUGACGAUGGUGAAAAAGGUCUAGAUUACCGCUCGUGUAACCUGUUGAUCGCCAUUGAGCAGCAAUCUCCUGAAAUUUGUCAGGGCCUUGGCGAUUUUGAGGGUGAAGAUCUUGGAGCUGGUGAUCAGGGAAUGAUGUUUGGCUACGCAACUGAUGAAACCGAAACCCUUAUGCCUUUGACUUAUGAAUUGGCUCGUGCUCUCGCCAUGAAAUACAGUGAACUUCGCCGCAGCGGUGAACUGUCAUGGGCUCGCCCUGACGCAAAGACUCAAGUCACUGUACAAUAUGAAUAUGAUACUCGUGAUGGCAAGCAAAUUCUUACACCCCAGCGUGUAGCUGUUGUUCUUAUUUCUGCCCAACAUGAUCCUGACGUGACGAAUGAGACUAUUCGUGAAGAUCUCAUGAACAAGGUGAUCAAGACUGUUAUUCCCAAGGAUAUGCUUGAUGAAGACACUAAAUACCACCUGAACCCCUCUGGUCGAUUUGUUAUUGGUGGUCCCCACGGUGAUGCUGGUCUCACUGGACGCAAAAUCAUCGUUGACACUUACGGUGGUUGGGGAGCCCAUGGAGGUGGUGCUUUCUCUGGAAAGGAUCCGUCGAAGGUGGAUCGCUCAGCUGCUUAUGCCGCCCGCUGGAUCGCCAAAUCACUUGUGGCUGCAGGUCUUGCAAAACGUUGCCUUGUACAGCUGGCAUACGCUAUUGGUGUGGCUGAGCCCCUGAGUAUCCAUAUUGAGACUUAUGGUACUGGCAAAUAUGAUGAUGCACGCAUCCUCGAUAUUGUGAAGAAGAACUUCAAGCUCCGUCCCUAUGAUAUUAUCAGAGAGCUUGAUCUUCGCCGACCCAUAUAUCAUAUGACCUCACGUUUUGGUCACUUUGGCCGCGUCGAUAAUAGCGGUAAAGGAGGUUUUACGUGGGAAACACCCAAAGUACUUGAUGUGUCAUGCUAA